UUCAGAAGUUCAGUCAUCGUUUCUGCUUUGCGUUUUACUACUGUGAAUACUGAAUAUGGAUAAUCUUGAACAUUCUUGUGAUCAAUGCGAGUAUUCUACAACACUAAAACAUAAUUUGGAACGACACAAGAAGAGUAUACAUGAAAAAGUAAGGUAUCCAUGUGACCAAUGUGAGGGUUCGUUUUCUCAAAUAAAAGAUCUGAAAGUUCAUAAAAGUUUUGUUCACGAAGGGAUAACUCAUCUGUGUGAUAUGUGCAAUUAUGUUACAUCCCGACCUGUUAAUCUAAAGAAGCAUAAGAAAAGUGUACACGACGGACUCAAGUAUCCGUGUGUUGAAUGCGAGUAUGUUGCAACACUAUCUACAGAUCUAAAGAAGCAUAUACGAAAUAAACAUUUAGGAAUUGUGUAUCCCUGCAGCGAGUGUGACUAUAAAGCAUCAACGACGGGAAAUCUGAAAGUACACACGAACAUCAAACAUAAAGGAAUCAGAGUGCACUGUGAUAAGUGUGAUUAUUCUGCUCCCACUGCUUCACAUCUGAGAGUUCAUGUUGAAAGUAAACAUGAAGGUAUUCACCGGUUCCAUUGCGAUCAAUGUGAUUAUACAGCAACUAAAUCAUCUAACAUGAAACAGCAUAGAGAGGGUAAACACGAAGGUAUCCGAUAUCCAUGUGAUAUUUGUGAAUUUACAUCUUCCACAUCCUCGCAUUUAAAACUACACAAACAAAGGGUGCACGAAGGAAUAAGAAGGUUUAAAUGUACUGAAUGUGAUUAUACUGCAUCUCAAUCUUCUCAUUUAAAACAGCACACGGACAGUCGACACAACAAGGUUCGAUAUUCUUGUGACAAAUGUGAGUAUUCUGCAUCUACACCGUCACACUUAAAAAGCCACACAGAGAAAAUUCACGAAGGAAAACGGCGUUUUCAAUGUAGUCAGUGUGAUUAUGCGGCGAUGAGAUCAACACAUUUAAUGAGACACACUUCAAAAUAUCAUCAAAUCAUUAAUCCUAAAUUCAUUAAAAUCAUUAAUUCUCAAGAUUUGCCAACUCUUCCUGUAACAGUUAUAAAGGAAAAUCCAGAAAAUAUAAUCAAAAAAGAAGUUGAUGAUCAAACUGAUAAUCUUGAAAAUAUAAUCAAAAAAGAAUUUGAUGAUCAAACUGAUAAUCUUGAAAAUAUAAUCAAAAAAGAAGUUGAUGACCAAACUGAUAAUCUUGAAAAUAUAAUCAAAAAAGAAACUGAAGAAGAAAAUAUUGAAAAUGGAUAUAUAAAAAGUGAAAUUACUGAUGUGGAAAAUGAUCAAAUAGUAAAGAUUGAAGAUAUUGAGAUAAAGGAAGAGAUAAUUUAUAUCGACCCUUAUUUCGAAUGCGAAUCUUAAUUGUUUAGUCCAAUUAAUACGGCUUUAAGGU